UAGACAUCAAGGAAAGACAUUAAAACUAAAAAACUAAAACAAUGCAAACACAACACUUCUCUUCAUCUCUCUUGUUCCUGACUCUUCUCUGCCUGUCAUGGGCUUUUCUAAUCUCUUCAACGCAGCCCCCGACACAAGCACCUUUGCAGUCACCAACACAGCCACCAACACAGCCUCCAUCACAACCACCGUCACAGCCUCCACCGCGGCCUACAUCGCAGCCACCGUCACAGCCUCCAUCGCAGCCUACAUCACAACCACCGUCACAGCCUCCAUCGCAGCCACCUUCAAAGCCUCCAACGCAGCCACCUUCAAAGCCUCCAACGAAGUCGUCACAACAAGCCAACGUCGCUUGUAAAUCAACUCCUUACCCUAAACUCUGCCGCACAAUCCUCUCCGCCUUCAAAUCCUCACCGUCCGAUCCAUACCGUUAUGGAAAGUUCACACUCAAGCAAUGCCUCAAACAAGCACGUCGCCUUUCCAAAGUCAUCAACCGCUUUGCACAGCGCGUGGAGAAAGACCCCAAAGCGUCCACACCGGAGGAGGUCAGUGCAGUUGCUGACUGCGGCGACCUGGCGGCACUUAGCGUUGAAUACCUGGAAGCGGUUACGGAUGAGCUGAAAGCAGCGGAGCUGAUGACGGAGGCGCUCGUUGAUCGUGUGUCGAGUCUUCUUGGAGGCGUUGUGACCAACCAGCAGACGUGCCUCGACGGUCUUGAGGACGCUAAUAGCACCUUUGCGUCGGUUCUUGGAUCGCCGUUGGGGAAUGUCACGCAGCUCUACAGUGUAUCGUUGGGGCUUGUGAGUAACGCGCUUAGCCGUAAUCUGAAGCGGUAUAAAGGAUCUAAGGGGAAGAUCUUUGGUGGUGGUAACAAAGCUAUUCGUGAACCGCUCGAAACUUUGAUUAAGGUGUUACGCAAAACAUGCGACAAGAGCAAGGAGUGUAGGCAUGAUAGGAGUUUAGGUGAGCUAGGGGAAACGAGCGGUGGCUCGAUCCUCGUAAGAGAAGCAGUGAUCGUCGGUCCAUACGAAAACGAUAACUUCACCACCAUAACUGAGGCCGUCGCUGCAGCACCUAACAAAACGUUACCGGAGGAUGGCUACUUCGUCAUCUAUGCAAGGGAAGGUCUUUACGAAGAAUAUAUUGUCAUCUCAAAUAAAAAGAGAAACAUAAUGCUUAUCGGAGAUGGAAUCAAUAAAACCAUCAUUACUGGAAACCAUAGUUUUAUUGAUGGCUGGACUACUUAUAAUUCUUCAAGCUUUGCGGUGGUCGGAGACCGGUUUGUUGCAGUUGAUGUGACAUUCCGAAACACAGCUGGACCGGAGAAACACCAGGCUGUGGCCGUGAGAAAUAAUGCUGAUGGAUCAACAUUUUAUCGGUGUAGUUUCGAAGGCUAUCAAGAUACUCUCUACGUCCAUUCUUUGAGACAGUUUUACCGUGAAUGUGACAUAUACGGUACCGUAGAUUUUAUUUUCGGAAAUGCAGCUGCAGUAUUUCAAAACUGUAAUAUUUAUGCCCGAAAACCGAUGGUAAACCAGAAAAAUGCAGUGACGGCCCAUGGAAGAACCGACCCAAACCAAAAAACUGGAAUCUCCAUAAUCAAUUGUACAAUUGGAGCUGCCCCGGACCUCGCGGCUGACCCCAACCCGGCCAUGACAUUCCUUGGACGGCCAUGGAAGCCUUACUCGAGGACGGUGUAUAUCCAAUCAUACAUCAGUGAUGCUAUUCAACCAGUGGGAUGGCUAGAAUGGAAUGGUACAACCGGGCUAGAUACGAUCUCAUACGGUGAAUAUGACAACUUUGGACCGGGGGCUAAUACAAGCAAGAGGGUCCAGUGGCCAGGGUAUAGCCUAUUGAACUUGGCACAAGCCAUGAUCUUCACCGUGUAUAAUUUCACUUUGGGAGACACUUGGUUGCCUCAAACAGAUAUUCCCUUUUACGGCGGGUUGCUUCACACGGAAUGAAAAAUGUACUACCAUAUUUUAAACAUAAUUGAUGCUGCCCCAUUUUAUAAAUGAAAUAAAAAAUUUAUUCAUUUUUGCU